GGACUGAGAGAACAGCUGGUAGAACAACAGGAAAAAAUAGUUUACAAUUAUUCCUGGAGUGAAAUUUGCUUGAUGGAGAGAAAAGGGGCGCGGAAAUCUAAAAAAAGAGAUGCAAAUUUUCUAAGAGAUGAAAAAAUAUCUCUUAUAAGGGCAGUUGAGGCACGACCAUGUAUGUGGCUAACCACGCACAAAAAACAUUUCGACAAAAUUGCAAUGAAGCGUGCAUGGGAAAGUGUUGCUGCAGAAAUAAAUAAAGAAGUGAAUGAAUGCAGGGACGCAUGGACAUCCCUGCGGGACAGUUUGCGUUACCACCGGAGCAAGCUGGCCAAAAGUGGUAGCGCGGGAGGCAGUGACUUUGGUGACUGGCGGUUCGCUGAGCACAUGGCUUUUCUGCCCGUAAACACGUCGGAGAGGCGUGCCAAAUCAAGCUCCUUUACGUUUGUGGACAGCCCUGCAUGCAGCCCCGAUGCAUGCUCCAGUCCAGUACCAAACAAAAUUGAAGAGAUAUCGAUCGCUGCUUGCUCGGAUGAUGAUACCUGGCUCGCAGAAGAUGACAUAGAGGCAAGCAAGUCGACGUCUUAUUCAUAUUCUAACUCUUCAAAAAGGCUUAAGGCGGAAGAACCGACGUCAUCGACUACUGAUGGCUUAGCUGGCUUACUAGGCGACUACCUCAAAAACAAAAAGAAGACCAGGGCGGUCUUCCCAUUUUGGGAUAAGCUACUCAGUAAGCUGCCGGAGGAUGUUGCAACAGCAACCGAGGUGGAGAUAACAAAUCUGCUGUUCUCGAAGGUGCAGCAGGAGGUCAAGGAGGAGCUGCCAUUCGAUUAUUAAAUAGAGCCAUUAUAUAUAAAAUUACUUUAAACUUUACUUGGAAACAUUGCAAUAAAAAUAAGUCAU